AUGCCAGUCAAACCACCUCCAGAAUUGAACCACGAAUUGAUCCAGGACGAGGAUCCAAAUGCCAUGAUUAACUACACUGAUGCUAUUGACUACUGGCUGUCUGUUCCAGCAUCUGUCAAUGGUGUACUUGGUGGUUUUGGUGAGCAGACCUCGGUGCCAAAAGCAGACAUUGUUGGUUCUGCCACAUUUCUUCGAAAGCUUCAAACGAGAAUGGAGUGCCAGCCUGGUUUUGAAAAGCUUACCAUUGAUAUGGGAGCUGGCAUUGGUCGUAUCACAAGAGACUUUCUUUGGAAAGUAAGCGACAGAUGUGAUUUGUUGGAACCAGUCAAGCCAUUCGUCGAGCAAAUGAGAAAAGAGCUUGUGCCUGUUGCAGAGAAGGGUAAGCUCGGUGAUAUUUACGAUAUUGGAAUGCAAGAAUGGGAAGCAUCUCCAGAGAAGAAGGGUCGCUACUGGCUUGUGUGGUGCCAGUGGUGUGUUGGCCAGUUGCCUGACGAGGAGCUUGUCAAGUUCUGGAUUAGAUGCAAGGAGGCACUUAUGGAGAACGGAACUAUUGUUGUGAAGGAGAACAUUGCUCCUCAAGAUGACAUUUUUGAUGCGACUGACUCGAGUGUUACUCGUACUGAUGCCAAGUUUAGGCAGUUAUUUGCAUCUGCUGGCCUCAAGUUGAUCGCCAGUGACAUUCAGAAGGGCCUACCGAGGGAGUUGUACCCAGUUCGCAUGUACUGUCUCAAAGCGAUGUAA